UACAAUGUUUUAUUUCACACUUCGCUAUUACAAUGUUUUAUUUCACACUUCGCUAUUACAAUGUUUUAUUUCAUGCUCCUGUUAAUACAAUGUUUUAUUACCCACUUCGCUAUUAAAACUGUCUUUCGGUUGAUGCCUGUGCUGGGGUGCGAACCCGUCGUCUACCAGUUCACAAGGUCGGUUUAUUACAAUGUUUUCCUGUGACGACAAAAUCAGACGUGUUUGUUAGCGUACAUGUCGAUCGUGUGACAUCGAUAACACAACCAUUGCCCCACCAGAGGAAAACAGACAGCAGCUAUGACCGUGGAAUUCCAAACCGUAAACGUCACCGUGGAUAAUUCCCUGGACCACGUGAUUGUGAAAAACGUCGUCUGCUUAGAGUUAACACUGUAGACAUCAUAUUACGGUUUCUGAGAAUCUACUAUAUAUCUCCAGUGCUGCCAGUGUGUAUCUGUUUUAGCUAUUCAGGUAAGCGCUGUCAGUGUUUUGGGGGAGGGACAAAGGGUUCAGCUUCUCACGCCGCUGGCAAAUACCAUCUAUGAUCUACCUGUGUUCCGCUCGGCGCUAGUCUCGCUCAACCUGUCAGCGCCCAGUUAUUUAUUUCCUCCUAACACCUUGAUCGGCGAAUAUGCGCACACACGCAGGCCAGCGCCGAAUGUAGCACUCAAGCGAGAACGAGGACAUGCUGCUACUGGGCUGACUUAGGAACUUAUUAAUAGAAGCAGAUAACUGAAGCGACACCGGUAGCCGUAAACAUUGAACUAGUUUAAACUCCGGGCUGAACUAAUGACGAGUGUAUUGUGUAAGAGAAACAACAGUUGUGGUCAGCCGAGUGUGGCGGAGAACUUUCCUGUCGGGAAAUACCUCAUAGGACACUGCGAGGAUACGCAGUUAAUACGGAUGGACUUUCCUAAACUACCAACACUCACACACACACAUUGGAACUAGAGAUGGAAGCUUGACGUGUUGUGCCAUGGAGGACUUAUUUCCUGUUCCACAAACUGAAUUAUUCACGUCUGAUCGCCAAAUAUUCUCCGAACUGCGGAGUUUGUGACACACUUCACCGAGCAAUGCCUGGUUAUAGAAUUAUUUGUCUUGUUUUGUGGCUCGCCGGCGGAGUUUUCUCUUGGGCCAGGGAGGUGUCAGACACGUGCCUGCUCACACAGACGGAGCAACACAUCAGCUGGGUGCCCGUGUCACCAUGCAUGACGACUAAUCAGUUGCCCACCAUCAGGUGUCAGACAGGUCGCGUCGUCAUCGAUGACGUCAUUGUGGGCGUCCGGCCGAGUUGUGACGUUAAGACACAGGACCAGACCUGCUGUACUAACCAUCCCGGUGACGAGCUGUACAGUGGGAAGUGUCUGGUGACGUCACUGACGGGUAAAUUCUACAAGCGCCUGCUGGAGGAUCUACUGCGCGCGUGCAGUGGGCAGGUUUCGUGUACGAUCCGCAGCUCGUGGACGCUGCCGGUGAUGAGGAACAUGUCGGCUGUUAACUCGCAUUACACGCUCGUCAGCUACAUGUGCGAGAAAGCAAUCCCUAAUCUAGAUAUCUGCCAAAAUACUGAAAUACGAGGAGAGAGUCUGUAUUUAAAAUUUAGUUCUGCCACUGUAUCAGACAAAGAUGUCGUCGACUGCACGUGUGACAUAGAGAACACUGGGCUGACGGACGAGGUGGUGGAUAUUACAGCGUUUGAUGUCAGGUUGUAUUCCUUGGAUAAACCAGACAACUGCACCGAGUCGCGACUCGUCAUACAGGGGAGACAAUUCAACAACAGCCAGUGUGUCGCCGUUCUCAAUACCUCCAUCUGGAGUGCUAGUCUGGCCCCCGGAAGUGCAGUUCCACUGACUCUACAGCACGUCACUUCCGCCGCACCACCUAGCUUCGUGUGGCUGAAAAUAGCAGCUCAAGCUAACUCCACUGUUUUAGUCAACUGUAAAGGUCCUGGCAGUAGGGGUUCCGAAGCUCUCUCAGCGUUUCUGAUCGGCAUCAUCGUGACCUGUGUGACGACUGUGGCCGUCAUUAUCAUCAUCGUGGUCGUCUGCAUCUACAGGUGGAGACACCAGUUCAAAUGUCUCCGCAGACAGAAGGAAGUAGAGCAGCCCGUGUACUUUGAAGUGCAACCCACCAGCGAAUUCGUCGACAGUAAACCUCCACUGCCAGCCAGCAACCCCUCCACCCUGAACCCCCCUCCAAAACCCCUGCGAGCCGCUCAGCUGUCCGCCGCUCCCCUGAUGGACGACAACAGCAACUCUAGUGUUGUGCGCAAACCGUACCACCUGACGGAGCUGCCCCCCAUACCAAGAGCGGAGGAGCAGUAUGACCUGCUGCUGAAGAAGAGGAGUCCCACGUCUCCCGGCAAUGUUUAUGGAGGGAUUGCCAAAAAUGGCAAAGGUAAAAACAAGACCGACGAAAAUCCUUAUGCCCUUCCCGGCGAAAAAAAUCCCCGAGGACGAUCGGUGGUAGACCACAAAUAUAAUAAACCAGACUUACUAAAGUCUUAGUUGUGUUACCGUAAUUCAGUGAUUCCACUCUGAAAGAUGUAGACCACAAAUAUAAGAAAGCAGAGUUGUUGAAGUGUUAGCUACCACGGUUCAACGAUACCACACCGCGGAAGAUAUGGUUCCCGUGAUCCACUGAUUCCACUACGUAUUUAUUCCACUGUGAUCAGCGCUAGACGUUUAACCAACCACCUGAACGAAUAUAUUCCAUUGCAUUUUGAUAUUUCUUUUGUAGCGGUGCAAACGUUUUUAAAACUUAAUUAUUGACAACCACUUGAACAUGCCUGUAUUUGUCUGCUACAUUGCAUUGUGACGUUUGAAAUGGUUGUUUUUGUCAAUACAGACAAUACUGAAACCUUCUACUUACCUGUGCAAUUAUCUAUAAUUAGUCACACCUGACAAUCAUCUGUUCGUACUCGUAUUAGUAACAGCCACAAAUCACAUACCGAAGAAAGUCAUUUUAAUACCUCACUUUCCUGAAGUCCUUUUCUAAGAACCUGCUGCGUGGAGCCUGAGUGCUCGGUACCGCCUAGGUACUGGACACACUUUGACAAACUGCUCAAUCUUUUCCAAUUAUGUUUGUCACUGACGUGAAUAUAUUGUGUGCAAAUGGAAUGAUGUAUGUCGUGGAAUAGUUUUAGACAACCAGGAUCACACAGGAACAAAGUUAGACGUAUAAAUGAGAGAUGAGGCAAAGAGCACGGUAAGACGGAAAGAUCAGGUUUCACAUAUGGCUAGUAGAACCAGUCUACACACAAGCACAAGUCUUGUCGUCUGUCAUUUAGGGCAUGUUUAUUCAGGCCUUAAUGGCAUGUUAUUCAGGCCUUGAUGACAUGUUUAUUCAGGCCUUAAUGACAUGUUAUUCAGGCCUUGAUGGCAUGUUUAUUCAGGCCUUGAUGGCAUGUUUAUUCAGGCCUUGAUGACAUGUUAUUCAGGCCUUGAUGACAUGUUAUUCAGGCCUUAAUGACAUGUUUAUUCAGGCCUUAAUGACAUAUUUAUUCAUUGUUCAAUCGGGCCUACAUAACAGCAGAAUGGCCAGGUCAAUAUGACAUUUGUGCUUUCGGGUUUCCAUGACUGUUAUACACUCGUGCCUUCCUCUUUGUUGUGUACUUAGACCUACAACCAGCUGAAUACUCAGAUCAACAUGACUUUAGUGUAUUCAGAUGAUAGUGGCAAUUGUAUACACAGGCCUCCAUAACAGUUGUGUACUUAGACCUACAACCAGCUGAAUACUCAGAUCAACAUGACUUUAGUGUAUUCAGAUGAUAGUGGCAAUUGUAUACACAUGCCUCCAUAACAGUUGUGUACUUAGACCUACAACCAGCUGAAUACUCAGAUCAACAUGACUUCAGUGUAUUCAGAUGAUAGUGGCAAUUGUAUACACAGGCCUCCAUAACAGUUGUGUACUUAGACCUACAACCAGCUGAAUACUCGGAUCAACAUGACUUCAGUGUAUUCAGAUGAUAGUGACAAUUGUAUACACAGGCCUCCAUAACAGUUGUGUACUUAGACCUACAACCAGCUGAAUACUCAGAUCAACAUGACUUCAGUCUAUUCAGAUGAUAGUGACAAUUGUAUUACACAGGCCUCCAUAACAGUUGUGUAUUUAGAUCAUAUAAUGACAAUUGUUUAUUCAGGCCUUAGCAGAAAUUGUGUACCCAGACGUCCAUAAUAGAUGUGUAUUUAGACAUUUUUGUAGACUUUGACUUGUGUAUUGACGAUUGUGCGAUCGACCGUUUGUUCAGUAGGCGUGUAGCAAACAGCAGAUUAGUUCACUCACUCGGGAAAUAGCCCUAGGUACUACCGAUGAUCUGAUGACCUUGAUCAGCAGGUGGCCUUAAUGAUGCAUGCGUUUGUAUCUAUGGAAGGAAGGGACUCGACUGUCCUUCUUGUAGACAGGUUGUUAACAAGUGCCAUUGAAUUUCUAAGCAUUUUAUGUGAGCGCGUUUCAUUACUUACUGCAAAGUUUACAACUUAGUAAUUUUCUGUUGAGCUAGUGUGUAUUGUACGAGAUUGUGCUUGUGAUCGUGUUUCUACAGAUUUCGUUUCGCUAAAUAUAUUUUCAAACGUAGUUACAUAUUUUAGUUUUUGUUAUCAGCAUACCAGAUUUCUUUAAUAAUAAGUUAAACACCAGUAGCUGGUAAAUAACAUAUACAGCAAUUUUACCUAAUUGUGAAAAUGGUUAUGUUUUCUGCUUGUUCUUCCAACCAUUUGUAUGCAGACCAAAUCACAUAGCAUCUGUCUGUUUACUUUCUGAACACUCGUUACAGGUGCUUACAUAACCACACACAGGAGGUCGCGUUUCGUUUUAUUUAUAACUAAUAUACACACGAAGACCACAUAUUGUUACUGUUAUCUUCGUGUCCUUCAAGCAGAGUGUGUGCUGGGGCCAGUGUACUUGUUAACUACGGGAAUAUUAGUAUAUUUAUCUUUUAUAUGAUCAAUUUUGGAGCUUUACUUUAUGACUUAAUUUUGCCAAUAUUGACCAAAUAUAUUAAUAUAAAUUUAAAAUACGUCGCUCAUUUUUACUUAUAUUUCACAUGCUCAGCUUUUUAAUUUUUAGAAUAAAAACAUUAUGUUAUAUGUUUAUAUGAAAUGUGUAGAUUUGUGAUAAAUAAAAUAUCCUGCUGGUGUAAUAUGGAAUAUAUCAUAUUCUUGACACUUCAUUCCAAAUUCGUUUCACUGACAAUGGAACGAAACGAUGCAACUACACCCACGUGUCAUGACUGUGGCUGUUUAUUUUAAUAUGAGAAGUCCUUUUUUAUAAUUUGUGUUCAGUUUGUAACAUUCUUUGCGAAAACUGGAAAUGAUUCAGGGGUCAGAAUUUAACGACAAAUGAUUUUAAGAUAACUUGCAUUUCGAUUUUCUACUAAUGGUAAUUAAUGUUACUUGAUAAAUGAGCUUGAUAUCUCAAUUUAACAUGUUUCUGUGAUAUACCGUACACGUCUUACAACACGUGGUAGGCCAUUUUGAAAAGCAAACUGCUUGGCCAUUCAUAUAAACUAGAUAUUGGAAAAUCGUAUAUUUUUGUUGACGUGUACUGCUAUUUACACGUACAUGCACUGUUAUUUUAUCCAAGUAUCCGAGAGUAUAGGAUUUUGUCUGCAAGCCUUAUUUACGACGAUUUGCUCAGUGUAAACCCCUAGCUCGAAUCACUUCCAGCCCCCCCCCCCCCUAUUGAUAUUGAUAUGAAGAGGGGGGGCUAUAGGAAACUGUAGUGUUUUGGCAAUCGUCCACAACCAAAUGAUAGCAAGCUAAUUAACUGUCUAAAAUACACACUUGUUCCUAAAUCUGAUGCUUCAGAGUUUUAGUUUGAUUAUUUUCAAGUCCAGUCAUGACAUUAAACUUAUAUGUUGUUAACCAGUACCAACGCUACACGAAGAAACCCGACGUUCUUAUGCGAAGCGCGCCUGCGCUGUACUUUCUUGUGGUGACGUAGAGCAAAGUGUGUUCCCACGUGACACGUUGGUACUGGUUAACAACAUGUAAGUUUAAUGUGAUGACUGGACUCGGGAAUAAUCAAACUAAAACUCUGUGGCCAUUUAGUUGUCGGCGAUUGCCAAAGCACUACAUAGUUUCCUCUAGCCUUCCCCUUACAUAUCAGUAACAAUAAGGGGAGGGCUGGAGGUGACUCGAGCUUUGUAACCCCUGUACGUCGCGUGACACACGGCGAGAUGGUUGUGUGUACUGCUGUGUUUAGAAGUGUUUACAUACACUGUGUCUGGUGGAGCUUAUUAUUAUGUCGCUAUUUUAUUAUCUCACGGUACAGUUUUAGUGGAAAUCUCAUCACAUUAUAAUGAUGUCUUUUGAUUGUUUUAAUGAUGAAUAAAUGUAUUUACCUAUAACAAUGA